AAAAAUUAAAGCUAUUUGUUGUUUGCCUCGAGCCAGCUGUCUGUUACCUUUUUUGGAUCGAGCCCUUUCUCGCUAUCAUAUUCAAACUCAUAUUACCAUGAGUCCAGUGUUCUUUUCUUGCAUUAUAUGUGGUGACAUUGUUCAGUCUGGUGAUCGUGACUCGGAGGUUUCCUGGCUUGCAGAGUUUCGCGCUGGUAACCUUCGAGAGCCCAGGGUGUCUGGCGUUGGCCUCAAUCAUGAUCCGAACGGGUCCUUCUACGUAGUCCCUUUUUGCUACGAUGCGCGAUGGGACGACGAAGGGUAUCAGUUUCCUGCCGAAAAUGAAUUGUCUAUGAUGGUCCAGUUCCCAGAUGAGGGUCGGCAUGGCUUCAUUCUUCACGCCGUGUGCUAUUCUCUCCUUCAGAGGUUCUUUCAACCCGAACCGGUACCCGUGGCGCGUCUCCUGGAAAUCUGCAAGUCGUGCCCCUUUCAGUAUCUUGGCCUGAGCUGGGAUCAUGACUAUGGGGGAAUAGUUCGUCUAAAGAAUACGUAUCCAUGGGACCAGGAUCUUGACCCGCUUGAACAGCCUAAACUUCAUCGAUACCGACAGGCAGAUCCUUGGAAUAUACCGGAAUUAAAAGAACAUUUGCAAAGAACGCAGCUGGGCAUGCCAAAGAGGCGGAGAGUCAAUUCAACAAAGCUGAAUCUAAUAGAUGAAUUAGGGUCCAAUUGUGUCACGAGGCGGGGAGUCAAGUCAACAAAGCUAAAUCUGAUAGAUGGAGCAGUGUCCAAUUGUUUCACGAGACUUCCUUUGGAAGUUUUGGGCCACAUAGUGACCUACCUGCCUACAGACGAGGUCAGGACUUUAGAUCGAACCUCCAAGGGGUUGGCAAAGAUUAUUCCAUCCGUCUUGGGGCCGUCAUUUUGGGCCUCCAGAUUCUACCCUCCCUUCGAACUCGACUUUGUCUUUGAGGCGCAGGAAUACAAGGGUGAACUUGAUUGGAGAUCGCUUUACUUCAGAAUGGGGAAGGCUUUGCAUCGCUCACGAGGAUUGCGAAACAGAAAACGUAUCUGGGGACUUAUCCGGUCACCACUCUCAGAAUUGGCCUGCAUGCAUUGGACCGGUAGUCUAGCAUUACGUCCACUUGACGGUCAUGAAGUCAAACUGACAUGGAAGGAGAUGCAUGGAGAUCUUCAGCCGCUUCAACAUAGAGUAGGAACUUCUGGAUUUGUAACAGGCUGCAAACGAUUUCAUACACAACGUACUUCUAUCCCGACUCUCCUUCGUCAAGUUGCUGUCUGUACCAUUUCAAUCGGGAACGCGACUUAUGUUACGGGGCUUCGCUUUAUCCCUAAUGAAGGGUUGGAAGUUCGUUUGGGAUAUACGGUGGGAGGGAAAGGAUCAUCCCUUACGGAGCAAUUCAUGGAUACAACAGGCGUACAAGGAUUUAUCCUGGCGAUAGGAUUAAGAGGUGUCCGCGCUUUACAAUUCAUCAGUUGUACUGGGCAACUGUCGAAAUGGUUUGGCUGUCCAAAGGAUCUACCUAAAACACGCCGUCUCGCAACAUCCCAGUCUAUUACUGUGCUCGAGGCAGGUUUCGACGGAUUCAAAAUGGUUAGCUUGGCAAUUGCAGAGACAUUCGAGGGUGCAGCAAAUAAAGCAGAGUCCUUACGAGAUAGCGCCUUGUGGUAUCCAAAUAUCCCGGAAACCCGUUUGCACCUGAACGAGACUUGUUUUCCAGGCAUAAAUACCUCUAAUUCUUCUGAGUUUCGACCUUUCUGCUAUACAUUAUUUGGGGGCGCCACUAUUCUUGAACCUCUAACGAAAAUCUCGGUUCUCUGCUCCGGUGACUACAUCUGGGCAAUUGACUUUCACUACGAUACUGGCAACAUUCAAAGGUUAGGUCACCAACCUUACAAACUCUCUUCAUGUGAUACCUUGUACUUUCUUAUUGAUGGCGCAGGGGGAGAAAUUAUUGAGACGAUUGAAGUCGAUCUUAAAACUUCCCUCGCUCAUCCCGAAGGUGUCGGAAAAUUGAGAUCCUUCCAAAUCUCUACCAAUAGAGGACGACAGAAACAUUUUCAUGGCGAGCUGCGCUCGUUAGAGCAGCCUUACUCGCUGAGACCAGUGGCAAUUAUUCCUGGAACAACCCUCACAGGUCUCUAUACAGAAUGGCUUCAAACUUCGGGUAUGGCCUGUCUUGGUAUCAUUUCAGAAUUCGUUGAAGAGCUUUCAAAGCCCUCUACGUUGACUACUUGUCAAAUAGGAGAAACGGACUCGAUUGAAGAGUGAAGGUAAGGGUCUAGAGGCUCUAUAUAUACAUGAAGAGGUAGAAAAUCGGUUCCGUCAUAGGUAUAACGGAAUCUCAAAAUAUAGGUCGAUCGCCUCGCAGACUCCCAAAUCAGCCUCAUUGUUGUGUCGUUGACGACCCGAAAUCGGACAACAGCGCUAUUAGGCCCGUUCUAUACUACCCUAGCUAUCCCCCCUA